AUGACCUCAUCUACCAAUUCCCAAACCCAAAACAUCUUAAUAACACCCCUAUCAAAUCCCUUCGAAAAUGGCAAAAUCCCCAAUCCAAAAAAACUACCUCGUCCCAUCGUCUUCCUCUCCGGCACCACAAAUCACCACAAAGACGAAACCCGCUGGCAACAAGUCCUCACCGAUUACCUCUUCACCACUUCCUCUUCCUCCACAUCUACUAGUACCGAUUCUCUCAUCGCAUGUACACCAGUAAUUUCCCACCCACCUCUCACAAUAAUCGACCCCUAUAAUCCCGACUGGGACUCUACAUGGCGCGAAGACCAAUUGAAUGAUAAGUUUGUCACGCAAGUCGAUUUUGAAAUAGAGUGCUUGGAGGUGGCGGAUGUGGUUGUGGUGGGAUUUGUGGGGAGGGAUGUUAGAGAGGGGAAGAUAGGGGUAGGGGGGUCGUCAUUGGUGGAGCUGGGGGUGGUGUUGGGGAGAGGAAAGGGGGAGGGGUUGGAAGGAAAGAAGGUGAUUGUUUGUGUAGAAAGUGGCUUUUGGAAGGAGGGGUAUGUGAGAGUUUUGUGUGAGAGGUUUGGGGAGGGAGUGAGUUGUGUGGGGAGUUUGGAGGGGCUGAUGGGGGUGCUGGGGAGGGAGGUGGGGGGCUGGGGGCUGGGAGACGGGGAUGAGGAGGGAAGGUGUGUGAUUAUGGGGAUGGGUGGAAUAAGUGGAUGA